AUGUCGCGCACAAAUUUGACCAUGCAUCCCUCUCGUAUGCUACAACUAUGUGGUGUCAGCCUGGGUGUCAGAAUUGCUCUUUCGAAGUCGGGUAAAACCUUCAAACCCGAAUUGAAAGCAUACAGAGCUAUUGCAGACGAUUCGACAAUCUUCAGACUCUGUAGAGGUGGACGCACAGAUGCCAUUCGAUAUCUCUUCGAUGAAGGUCUCGCUUCUCCACGUGAUACUGAUUCAUAUGGUAGAACACCUUUGAUGUUCGCAGCAUCUACUGGGCAAUUAUCAACAUGUAAAUUUCUCGUCAAUGAAGGAGCUGAUGUAGAGCUCCGAGACAUACAAAACGAUGAUCUUGGGUCAUAUGCAUGUGGAACGUGGACUUACGGUUAUGGAAAGGGCAGAGUCCCCUUCGGCUUCUCACACAGUGAAAAUCGGGUCCAGGUGCCUUGCGAUAUUCGUAUCGAAGUGCUCCGAAUGUUUCUCGAACGCUACGGCAGAGAAUUGUCUUGGGGGAUUCUAUUGGACAAAUUGCAACUCAAAAGCGACUUAUCCAGCGGCCUCGAAGACAUACUGCGGGAACGAGAGGAAGAUCUUAUUAGGUUUCAGAGUAUUGAAGGGCGCACUUGUUCAUGUUAUGGUGAGCUUGGAAUGUCUUAUGCUACUGAGAAUGAGCGGAUUAUCGCUCGCUGUGACUUAUACUACGAUCCCCUCCGCCGAGCGGCAACAGAACGCGAAGCAGAGGUAGAGGAUUCAAUUUUUCUUUUAUCUAUUUAA